AUACCGUGGCCUUGUACAGGAGCGGGUAAGACUUAGUUUAAAUCAAUGAGUUAUGUAACCACCAAAAGUAUGCUUGUGAUGAAGCAGCAUAUGCCACUAUGGCAACCCAUGUUACAGCGAACUUUCCGCAGCAUCACAGAGUGGCCCGUCCUGCUGGUCGACUUAUCGCAAGUCUUCUCGCCCUCGGUCGGCCUGGCAGCGCGUUUAUUCAAACUAUGCACACGCGUAAAGGCAAAGCUUGGUCGGAUUCAGCCACGUCUUCCCUUACCAGGUCCAUGAGUGCUUCGUUCGGCUACCCAUGGUAGAACUUGGUUCCUCCCUUAGGAAUUGUAGCUGACAGCAGGUGAUCAUACAUCUCUGACCACUUGAACUGCGUCAAUGUUAGCUGCAAAUGGCAAGAAGCCCGAGAUCUGAGCGCAAAUGUGUGCAGUCGCAGAGGGUUACUCAGUGAUGUCUUUCCUUCAUGCCACUUUGUUCACGCUCUUGUGCCAAAAAUAGACUCAGCAUGACGUGCGUUCAGCGUUUGGGCCUCUAGACGUUCUCCUGCAUAUCGGGAGAUCGGAGUGUUAAAAAGCAUGCGGGAGUGCUAAUACAACUAACUCAUACCGUGAGACGU